AUAAAGCAGAAAUGCUUUGUCCAUCCCUUCCUCCUCUCUCUCUCUCUCUCUCUCUGUAUUCCGAUUUACAAAGAAAGAAAAUCUCAAGAAAAGUUGAAUCCCGUUUGUAUUUCUCUCUUGUCCCAGUGAUCCGGGUGGUCUCCUUCAUUUCCAUGUAGCUUCAUGGUGUAAGCAGGCGUCAAAAGCAUAUUCAGUUGUCACAAUGCUGAAGCAAAUUCUGAACAAAAUACCACGUAAGUCACCAAAAGGUGAUUCCCAGGAUACUGCUGGGAAUGACCCUGGUGACAAUUCCAAUGGUUUUCAGUGUACGAUUGGAGGGGGUACUUUCUCAAGCCGAUUUAAUGUUGUCAAGAGGGUGUCGUCUGCAGUUUUCCCUGCUAGCAUGAUGACAGGACUGGAGGCUGUCGAGCCAUUUAUGUCAUUCAAAGAUGUAUCGAAUUCCCAGAAGCAGAACCUGUUCAUCAGUAAGUUGAACUUCUGCUGCAAGGUUUAUGAUUUCAGCGAUUCCGAUAAGAACUACACAGAAAUAAAUUCUAAGCAUGAAACUUUGAUCGAGCUUGUCGAAUUUGUUUCUAGUGGAUCAGCUAAGUUCAAUGAAUCAGCAAUAGCUGCCAUGUGUAAGAUGUGCGCGAUCAACUUGUUUAGGGUCUUCCCUCCGAAGUACCGGUCAAAUAGCUCUGGAGGUGAAGCUGAGGAUGAGGAACCAAUAUUUGACCCUGCAUGGUCACAUCUACAAAUCGUGUAUGACUUGCUACUCCGUUUUAUCAGUUACAAUUCUCUUGAUGCAAAGGUUGCAAAGAAAUAUGUAGAUGAUUCUUUUAUGUCGAGGAUGCUUGACCUCUUCGAUUCUGAGGAUCCGAGAGAAAGAGACUGCUUGAAAACGAUUCUGCACCGAAUUUACGGGAAGUUCAUGGUGCACAGACCCUUUAUCAGGAAGGCCGUCAGUAAUAUCAUAUACCGUUUUGUUUUUGAAACAGAACGGCACAAUGGAAUUGCUGAGUUGUUAGAGAUCUUUGGAAGUGUAAUUACUGGGUUUGCAUUGCCGUUGAAGGAGGAACAUAGGAUGUUCUUAUUGAGGGCUCUAAUCCCUCUGCAUAAACCAAAGUCAGUGGGCGUGUAUCAUCAACAGCUAACAUACUGUGUUAUCCAGUUUGUAGAAAAAGAUCCGAAAUUGGCCAGUGACGUGAUCAAGGGCCUAUUGAAGUGUUGGCCCCUGACGAACAGCCAGAAGGAGUUGAUGUUCUUGAGUGAGCUGGAAGAGGUUUUAGAGAUGACUAGUUUGGUUGAAUUCCAGAAGAUCAUGGUCCCACUCUUUCGGCGCAUUGGAUGCUGUCUCACUAGCUCACAUUACCAGGUAGCAGAACGUGCUCAUUUGCUAUGGAACAAUGAGCACGUCCUUCAUCUGGUCACUCAAAACAGGCAGGUGGUUCUGCCCCUCGUCUUCUCAUCUCUUGAGCAGAACAUACAAAACCAUUGGAACCAAGCUGUGCUCAACCUCACGAGAAAUCUUAAAAAGAUUUUAACAGAAAUGGAUGAAGAACUCAUGUCCGCAUGCCAGCGCAAGCUGGAAGAAGACAACUUUUUGUCAAAUGUGGCUGCCGAGAAGCGAAGAGCAACAUGGGAACGCUUGGAAAAUGCCACUGCUGUCCAACCUGUGUGCAAUAAUAUCUUCCUUUCGGUUGAACCCGCCACAUGCUCCAUCACCUGCUGAGAGUAGUCUCAGUAAGGGAAACUAAUAACGGCAAUCUGACCCGAUCGAGUCAUGUCUGUACAUUUGUUAGGCCAAGUUUAAUAUUGUUAGUGGAGCUUGAUCUCUGAGAUGAAUGUAGACUUAAAAAUGCGAGCAGUUUUUUACUUCCGCAUGGGGGUUUUUGUGUGGUGGGAAUGGGAAGCAGUUUCCCUUGAAAUCGUCCAUAGCCAUGGUUCCUCUCGUUCCAGUAUCUUAGGCUCAGUAUGUUUGCUUUUAUUCUUUGGAAGUUGUAUCCGAUGUGCCUGCUGAGAACAUUCGCAUCGCGUCAUGUUCUUUUACGGCCAUUUGGUAGGCACAUUUUCGCCGUUUGACGUGUUCGCUGUUUGACAUGGGAAUUCGACAAUGUAUAGUAGAGCUUGUCUUGUCUGGCUACAUUUGCUAUAGUUAUGUUCUUUGUAAGCUAUACCUUUCGCUCUUGCAAAAGCAUG